AUGCCACCGGUUAUAAAAAAAGAUUUCCAAAAGCUCGUUUCUGAAUUAGAGCUGGGUUGCUCAGAAGCCUACGCACUUAUUACGCCGCAUGAAGGAGUUAGGCCGUCCAGCACGAGUCUCGGAUCAGACAUUGAAGAGCCUCUGGCUGUCACGUAUGCCAUCCUCAGUCAGAGCAGUCAUCGCAGUAUGCCAUUGCGGACAAAAUCGUUGAGAUUAGCAGAUCCUACGAAAUUGCCACAG